GAAGUCAUUAGGGAUGACACCACUCCCCACAAACUCAUAGUUGGGCCCAAAGAACUCACGAAAUCUAGACGAAGACUACUUGCGGCAUACCUUGCCAGGGAAGGAAUGAUACAAGAAGAACAUUAUAAAACGCUCAGCGCGUAUGUUUGACGCUUAUUACAAGCAUCGGGAAGGAGCUGGGAAUAAGCAAAUUGGACCUUUUCUCAAACACAAUUGCAGUCAUUGUGAGGGAUGGAGGGAUGGGAUUCCAACACCAAAUCUACCGUGCAGAAAAUACCGCUUCUGACAACCCGCGCUGGUCCGAGGGACGGAGCACAGUGGACACAGCGGCUGAAGGAGGAAUACGCUGCGCUAAUUAAGUACAUGGGCAUGAACAAGGCCAAUGACAACGAUUGGUUCAGAAUCUCCGCCGCCAACGCCGAGGGCACCCGUUGGACCGGAAAGUGCUGGUACAUCCACAACCUCCUCAAGUAUGAUUUCGAUCUCCAAUUCGAUAUUCCUGUCACUUACCCUCUAACUGCCCCCGAGAUCGAGCUACCCCAUCUCGAUGGAAAAACUGCCAAGAUGUACAGAGGGGGGAAGAUUUGCUUGACAAUACACUUCAAGCCAUUGUGGGCCAAGAACUGUCCCAGGUUUGGAAUUGCACAUGCACUAUGCUUGGGACUUGCCCCUUGGCUUGCAGCAGAAGUGCCUUAUCUUGUUGAAAGUGGAGUUAUCAAACAUAAGGACGACACAGCCUCAUCUAGUAGCUCUUAGGAAAAGCACUGCACUAGUAUUUUGUUAGUUGCAACUACAAGCAACAUGGCAAAUGAAGUAGUGUCAGUUAAUGUUAUUGGAGUAACGUUAUGAAGGAUAUGGACUAAUGGCUGCUCGGCAAUAUUUUCUGUGUUGAGCAACUUUAUUUGUCCAGUAUUAAUAAGGCCUGCAUAUUUGUAUGAAGAUAAGUUAUCCUUCAUAUUGAAUAUGAUAAUCAGAUUGAGCCA